GAAAAAAUCCCUUCCGAACCGCAAAAUCACGGACCUGAGCCCCGAAGAAAUCUGCGAACGGUUGGAAGCUCAACGGAAAGGCAAUGCCUACCAUAGCUUUGUCGAAGACAACCUGAUCCUCAAGCAAGGCUUCGUAGACAAGAAGAAGGGCUUCUUUGCGAAGCGGCGGAUGUUCCUAUUGACACUAGGUCCUCAUCUGUAUUAUGUCGACCCUGUUACGAUGACCCUCAAGGGGGAGAUACCUUGGAGCAACGAUCUCAAAACUGAAGCGAAGAACUUCAAGACAUUUUUCGUUCAUACGCCUAAUAGAAAAUACUACCUCGAAGACCCAGAUGGCUACGCUCUGGAGUGGUGCAAAGUGAUAGAUGAAGUAAAAAGUCACUAUUUUCCUGACUAACUCAGGAGAACUUUAGCCUAAUUCGCACCUUUCUGGCAUCUAUUUAUUCGUAUAAAUUAUUUUUUAUAAAUAGUUCCGAUUGUUCGUUGGAUUUCGUCCAUUUAGAUUAUACCGACAAUGUAUAAAUCGUUAUUAUUAUUUCGCUAUUUCGAAAAUUUCUAUUUACAUGACAUGUACACACAGUUCAUAUACACUUGUAUUAGAAUAAAUCGUUUGGAAAAUA